AUGUUCGCACAAUUUCUGGGAACAGCACUCGUUGUAGUGGCACAUCUCAUGUCCUGCUCUUCCGUUAGAAAAAGUCGUGUGCGCAUCGGAAGUUUGAACGAAUGUCCAUGGUCGCUUUUCAUGGGAAUAUCACUGAGUUCACUUCUUAGUCUUCUCCAUUCUACGUGCCAUUGGAACUCGUUACAAGCGACCUCUAUUGCUCUUUUGAGGUCUUUGAGCGGAAGAGCAACUGAAGCACUUCAUGAACAGUACAUAUUCUGGCUUGGACCACUGAUCGGCUCUUUGCUCGCUUGUUUCCUUUACAGGUUACUGAAACCCAAUGAUGAACGAGGAUGCACUAGCUUCAGUGGAUAUUGCAACGAUACUCUCGAACCUUACUUCGAUAGGACAGUCCCAGAUGAGGAAACCACCCUGAAUGUGUUAGAUUUCCAUCGAGCUCGAGCUCUAGGCAGUUUUAAUUUUGCUCCUGUAAACGACACAGCAAUGUACAAUGCAAAACGUUUCGAAGGAGAUAUCGUUAAUGCAGGUUUUGAUCCUCGUAGUGCAGCUUCAUUCUACACUCAACAUCCAUUAUUUUCCGUGUUUGGUGUACAAAGAAAUGCUGUAAAGCAAACUUAUUUGAAAUGGACAGACGGUCGUAUUCCUUAUACGAUAAGCUCGCAAUAUUCAUCUUAUAGCCGCUCAAAAAUAGCGGAAGCAAUAGAAGAGUACAAGAAAAAGACCUGCAUAGAAUUUUCUCCAAAAAGCGCAGCCGAUCAGGACUACAUCCACAUUGUACCAGACGAUGGAUGCUACUCACUCGUUGGCCGUAUAGGUAGAGCUGAUCGAGACGAUCAUGUCACUAUCAACUGGAGCAAUGUAGAAUCCGGACUUCAAGACCAGUUCGACAAAUAUUCUUUGCAAAUGAUCGAUCAUCUGGAUACCGACUAUGAUUAUGGUUCUGUUAUGCACUACGCACCUACAGCUUUCAGCAAGAAUGGCAAACCAACAAUAGAGCCAAGAAAGAAAGGAGUGGAGAUCGGUCAACGUUAUGGAUUCAGUGAGACGGACUUGUACAAAAUCAACAAACUGUACAACUGCAAAAAGGAUGAUGAAGACUCUACGGAUGUCCCGGAAACUGGAACGAUAGAGAAGUCGGAGGAGGAGGAGGCAGAUAUUAAGACAGAUACAAAGAGACCUAGCGGAUCAGGAAAAUUAGUCGGAUCAAGUACUGGUGAAAAAAGCAACAGUAUAAUCUCCACUCAUAGCAAAACCUGUGCAGAUAGACGACGCGAUUGCCAAUUCCUUGCCAGAGCUGGCCACUGCGAAUCGCGAUUUAGUGAAGCUUUCAUGGCAGAAAACUGCCCUCAAAGUUGUGGAAAAUGUGAAGUGAAAACCACGGAAGCUCCAAAACCUUGUGAAGACUUAAGAACAUGGUGUGAACGAUGGGCCAUUAGUGGAAUGUGCACGCAGCAGAUAUUUAAAGACUAUAUGAAAAUUAAGUGCCCAAAGAGCUGUCAGUAUUGCUAGAAAUUCUGCUCAAAGUGUUGAAAUGCCA